CAUCAGACUCACUGCUGGGUACAGCUCUUAUCAUCACUCCAACAGCACGCAGGAUCAGCAUGGAGGACCCAGAUGACUUAUAUAUGGAAGACAUUCCUGGAGUUAAAGAAGCCCUGCAGAACAACGACACUGCUGCAGCAGCUGCAAAGAUUCAAGAAAAUUUAAAACAACAAAAUAAUAUCCCACUAAAUAUCGCCAUCACAGGAGAGUCUGGCUCAGGGAAAUCCACCUUUGUUAAUGCCUUCAGGGGACUAUGUGAUGAUGAGGAGGGAGCUGCUCCUACUGGUGUUACAGAAACCACCUCAGAGGUCACACCGUACCCCCAUCCAAACUAUCCCAAUGUAAUGUUGUGCGAUCUUCCUGGAAUCGGCACCACCAAGUUUAAAGCUACGAAGUACCUGAAGCUUGUUGGAUUUGAGAAGUUUGACUUCUUCAUCAUCAUCUCAGCCACUCGCUUCACGGAAAAUGACGUGAAACUGGCUCAGGAGAUACAGAAGAUGAAGAAAAAGUUCUACUUUGUUCACUCAAAGGUUGACAACAAUAUAAAUGCUGAGAGAAGAAAGAGAGACUUCAGUGCAGAGAGGACUCUCAAAGUAAUCAGAGACGACUGCGUUCAGAGACUCGGAGGAUUAGGCUUCGAGUCUCCGCAGGUGUUCCUGGUGUCCAGCUUUGAGCUCCACCUGUACGACUUCAAUCUCUUACAUCAGACCUUAGACAGAGACCUUCCUUCAAAGAAGAGAGAUGCUCUGCUGUUCGUCAUGCCCAACAUAAACCCAGAGAUAAUCAGCAAGAAGAAAAAAACUCUCAAGCGCCGAUUAUAUUGGUUGGCCACUCUGUCUGCACUUGGAGCAGCUGUUCCAGUUCCUGGACUUUCUAUUGCUGUUGAUGCUGCUGUGCUGGCUGGUGUCGUCACAGAUUAUGUUUUUGCGUUUGGUCUCGAUGUCCCGUCUCUGAAGAGACUUUCUGACAGAACAGGUGUGUCAUACGUUGAUCUGCAGGCCGUCAUCAUUUCACCACUGGCUGCAGCAAAAAUAACUAAAAAGCUCCUCAUGAAGGUUGUGACCCAAGUGGGACGCACAGCUACAUUAAUUGCAGCAGAGGAAGCAUCCAGAUUUAUUCCAUUGAUUGGAAUCCCAUUAGCAAUGGGUUUCUCUUUCAUCACAACGUAUAAAGUUCUGAAUGUUAUCCUCAGUGAGCUCGCUGAAGAUGCUCAGAGUGUGUUUGAAAAAGCUCUGGGUCAGUGA